UGGUUUAUAUUCGUUUUGAAUAUUAGUUCUCGGAUUUGAUCAGCAUGCAAUUUAAUUAUAUUUUAGGUUUUGCUGCUGUGCUUUGGGGUUUUGAAGGGGUAAACUGCGUGGGUUGUCAGCCGGGUUGGAAUCAGUUUCAGAAUAAAUGUUACUGGUUCAGUCACACUACAAGACCAUGGGGUGAGGCUGAGGCUAUAUGUUUAGGUUUUCAGUCUAAAUUGGCAGAACCGAGGACACAUGCAGAGUCAGCAUAUCUUAUUAGUCAUUUUCAAAGUCUUCAUGACGCCAGAUUUUAUUGGAUUGGAAUCUCAGACUUGAUAGAAGAAGAUCGCUGGAUUUAUUCUUCUGACCAGCAACCCAUCGCCGUGAACGACUUUUACCCUGGUGAGCCUAAUCAACAUACAGAUGCAAAUUGUGCAGCAUUGUGGGAUACCGGGCAUGGUAAAUGGGCCGAUGAGCCAUGUGGACACGUUUUUAGAUUUGUAUGCGAAGCGGAGUUUGACGAAGGUGGUGAUAUCCUUGGAUAAAUGCGACUCUGUUCUUUUUGUGGUGUGUCAGAUAUUAUAAUAAAGAAUCAUAUAGUA